AUGAGCUCCGAAAGGCAAUACGCAGAGAAAUCGACAUAUUAGAAGUAGGCGAAAAUAACCCCGCUAAGCAACACCCAAAUGAAAUUUGUCCAGACCCACCUACAGCAGCAUUUGCCAUUGGACAAUCAAAAAAUUCGACAUACAAGCCCCGUCAUGUACCAUCAACCACAGCAAAGCGAGCAUGUGUUUACUGCAAAGGUUUGCAUAGUCCAAAUAACUGUACUGUCAUAACUGACAAGAAACACAGACACAACAUAGUGCGAGAUUUCAAACUAUGUUUCAAUUGUCUUAAUGAUAAUCACAUUGUGUCCCAGUGCAAGACAAGGGGUCGAUGCAAAAUUUGUCAUCGCAAACAUCACACAAGUUUAUGUUCAGCAGAAAAUCCCCCACCUCCCAACCAAGAUAAACAGGACCCCACACCAAAUGUUCCAAACCAAUCAGUAAAUACAAUUAAUACCGCCCCAACCGAAAACAUGGCAACGCCCACAACCAUUUCACCCACAACAAUUCAACAUCUAAGUGAAAACAAACACAAGUCAACAUUGUUGAAGACAGCCAUCUCUCCAAUUGAGUACAUUGGGUCAACAGUUACUGCCCACAUUUUGUUUGACGAAGGGUCUCAUCGUUCAUUUAUCACCAGUAGCUUAGCCAGGAAUGUGGGUCUAACAGCUGAACGCGAGGAAACCCUUUCCCUUUCCACAUUUGGUGGGACAACUACAUCGGUAAGAAGAGUAGAAGUAGGUACCAUCAACUUGCAGACUCCUGUAGGAGAAAACAUUCCCAUUGAAGUUAUCAUUGUUCCCACAAUUGCUGCCCCUUUACAAAGUUUUACUACCAUUGAUUUGCAUAAUUUGCCCCACCUUAAAGGACUGACAUUUGCACACCCAAUAACGAAUGAGCAUACCUUUGACAUUGAUUUAUUGAUUGGAGCAGAUCAUUAUUGGAAUGUCGUUGAAGAUGAAAUAAUCAAGGGUUCUGGCCCAACAGCAGCAAAGUCAAAGAUUGGUUAUCUCCUGUCAGGACCCAUUCCACUGACCAACCAAACAUCUGCAUUAAACACCACCAUUUUAAACAUCAUGACAGCAAGCAAGGAUGAUGAAUUUGAAUUCCGACGUUUUUGGGAGCUAGAGUCAAUUGGAAUUCAACCACGUGAAAAGGACGAUACAUCAGAUUUCUUGCAACAAUACCAAGACACAUCUAUUUCCCUGAAAGACGUAAAAUACCAUGCCAAAUUACCGUGGAAACCCGAUCAACCAAUCCUACCACCCAAUGCUGAAAUCGCUGCGAAAAGAACAAGAUCAAUGGUACGACGGAUGGCGAAUGAUCCAGAGAAGUUAAAAAUGUACAACGACAUGAUCAUUAAUCAAGAAAAACAAGGUUUCAUCGAGAAAGUGGAAAACCCAAACAUGAACACUCGAACAUGUCACUAUAUUCCUCAUCACGCUGUAAUUAAAGAGUCGUCUACCACACCACUACGAGUCGUUUAUGACUGUAGUUGCCGUAAAUCUUCAGAUCACGCAAGUUUAAACGAUUGUUUAACAACUGGACCCCCAAUCCUCAACGAUUUAACAGCAAUAUUGCUCAGAUUCCGUCAGCCGAAGUACGGAUUAACAGCAGAUAUCGAAAAGGCAUUUUUAAAUAUUGUCCUGGAUGAAGAAGAUCGUGAUGCUACCCGCUUCUUCUGGUUGAACGAUCCGAGCGAUCCAACUAGUGCCUUUGAUGUUUACCGAUUUAAACGUGUGUUAUUUGGGGCGACGAGUUCACCAUUUAUUCUAAAUGCCACCCUUCAUAAACACUUAAAACAAUUCAAUGAUCCAGUAGCGAAACGUAUUCGUGAAGAUAUUUAUGUUGACGACCUUGUGUCCGGAGCCCAAGAUGAUGACGAAGCAGUUUCAUUUUAUACCAAAGCACGAACACUGAUGACACUUGGUGGAUUUAACUUGAGAUCUUGGGCAUCGAACAACCCUGUUGUCAAGACGAUCGCAGCGAAAGAAAACCUCUUAAAUGACAAUCUGAAACCUAAAGUUCUUGGCAUGCAGUGGGAUACUAUCAACGACACCCUCCUCUACCCCAACAGAGUGACCACAUCCGAAUCCAAUCCCCCAACGAAACGUGAAGUAUUACGUACUUCAUCAAAGAUAUAUGACACCAUUGGGUUCCUUAACCCCGUAGUCGUUAAUGCGAAAAUUCUGAUGCAAGAGAUAUGGAUGAGAGGGUUGCAAUGGGAUGAACUCUUACCUCCGGAAAUACAAGCGAGUUGGGAGAAACUAACUAAAGAAUUACAAGCAAGCACCCAUGUACAAUUACCUCGUCAAUACUUUCCAUCAACAAAUGGGUUGCCCGAGGAUACAGAGUUACACAUAUUCGUAGAUGCGAGCUUGAAAGCUUACGGUGCCGCAGCAUAUGUUAAAUCUUCCAAAGCCAAUCAUUCCUCCUUUGUUAUGGCAAAGUCGAGAGUCGCGCCAUUGAAAAAGUUGACGUUACCCCAAUUAGAACUAACGGCAGCUUCGAUAGGAGCACGGUUAUGCUCGUACUUGGCAAAAGUACUGCAAGUUACGAACGUUUUCUUGUGGAGUGAUAGCCAAAUCGUCCUCCAUUGGCUUCAUAGUACCAAACAACUUAAACCUUACGUUGCCAGCCGGAUUGCAGAAAUCAAAACUCUUACAUCUAUCGAAAAUUGGAAAUACUGCCCCACAGAAGAUAACCCCGCAGAUCUGCUAACAUUCGAACAGCAUCCGGAAAGACUAAUAGACCCAUAACGAAACUUUAUCCUCUAGAAGUAGCAGCUAAAACAGAAGAACCAGGCCUCGUAGACAAGGAUUGUAUCCAACAAGAAAAUGCAGCAACCGAAAUUACUCCACGACCGAAAUGAACAGCCGCGUGUAAAGCAGUUGAACAAAUCAGGAGAUGGACCCGAGAACUUCGCAUGCCCCCGGAGGAUGUCGUAAAUAAGUAGACAAACAUUAUACAUUGAUAACAUGAAGUAUUGACUGUUUUCGCGCCCUUUUUCAUGGACGCCAUGUUGUUGUUAUUCCACGCUUUAUAUUAUCGAAAGAACCUGUAUUAAUCGUAACAAUAUACCAAUAAAUACUUGAAACUGAUUGAGAUAUAAACAUUGGAGAUAUUUCAUAUACAGUGCUUUGGGAAUUUGCCCCUAACCCAUCAACAAACACAAUUGAUGAAUCACAACAUGGAGCACGUGAUGUAGCACCAGAAACCAGUGACAACACUGUUGAUAUGGACACAAAACACACAUUGCCAUUCGGGGUUCUAGGGACAUGCCAUUCAACAGACAGAAAGUCCUGGAGUGUGCCUUCAAAUUAAUGGACAACAACAGACAUGUAUUUGUAAAACUACAGCAUGAACCAGACAACCCAUAUGAUGACAAUGCAGUUGCAGUAUUGCUGCAAACAGAUGUCGAGUUUGAACUUGUUGGCUAUAUUGCUAGGGAAUUGACAAAAUAUGUGCGACCAUGCUUGAUGGAUGCAGAUUUUCAUACCGAGGUCAGAUUUGUACGUUUCCGCACAACUUAUAUGCUUGUGGGGUUUUAUGUAACAAUAGAUCUCACAAAGAAAGGAUUCUGGCACAAUGAUGUUGUAAAAGCAAGUAAAGCUGUUCGAUAGAUGCAUAUUAUUCAACACACAAUUACAAUGUUGUCAUUAUUUGAUAAUGAUAUCACAAUACAUGAAAACAAGGCUUUUCCAAAACUUAAUAAAACUACUUAAUUGAAAUAUAGGAUGCUCUAAUUGUAACCCAUUGAGAAGCAAAUGCUCUUCUCUUUAAAAAUUAAAUCAAUGUGCCCAAUGUGCAAGAUUUUGGGUCUGAAACGUGUGUUUUACACUUUCAAGAAAUGGUAUGAAGCCACCUUAAAUAGUUUUUUUUACAUUUUCUAUUGAGCUACGUUUUCAUUUGCAUGGUGAUAUUUAUUCAAGAAUACAAUAGGCUUAUUAAAUAGUUUCAAUUAUACUAAAAGAUUAAUAAAUCAAGCAAAUCCUUUGUGGCCAAAUUGGGUGAUGGAAAGUGCGGUUUCUUGGGGGUAAGGGGCCCCCAGAAAAGCUGGAGAAACAACAUCAGGUGAGAGUAAGGGCCCUCACCGUUAUGGACAUUGAAUCUCAUGUCCGAGCCGGGCUUUCCUGUGGUGAAGUGAUCGAGAGAUGCGAAGGUCAGGACGAGGCUAAGGGGCCCCCGCCGUUAUGGACCUUGCUCUCUUUUGCUGGUGUGUGCUUGGUGUGGACGCCACUUUCCAUCCUGCUUUCUUUAUUUCUUCUUGAAUGUAUAAAAUUAUUUACAAGUUGAUAAAACAGAACAACAUAGAUAUGAUUACAAUUGAUUUCCUAUACUUAAAUAAGUUUCUAUAGUUCCUGAUUAUUGGAUCAUCUUCUUCAUCAAAGGGUCUGGUGGGUGGGAUUUACCUUUUAUGUUGUCUCCAAGACCGUUGAAACCAGAGUGAACUGAGAUAAAAUUUGGCUAGCUUUUGCUGAUAACUGAGGAACGUCGGCUUAGCAAAAUGGUAUUAUAUUGGCAGUUUGGCAUUGACGCUUGGAAGACAUUGCACAGAGAGCAAAGCGGUUGUUUUCUUUGCUUAUCGUUUCUGUUUAGGCCUUUUAUAAAUCCUAUUUUUUAAAUAAAUUGCUCUGUUAAUGUCAAUGAAGCUGCUGCAAUGGCGGUAAUGCAACUGGAGCACAAUGAAACUUUGCUCUGGCUGUGAGAUGCCCUUUUUGAGGAAGUGACGCCCUGUUAGCGACAAAGACACCAGGAUCCCCCCUUCUUGAUAAAUGCACUUGGUCUAGUCUUUCAACGACUCCCUGUGCAGACGGCAAAUUAAACGAGGGUAGCUCAUAGUCUUUGUACCUUGUCUUCGACCCAGUCCAGUAGAAAAAUGAUAAGUCUGUAUCAAUUCGUUUCUUAUACUCGUUCAGAAUCUUCGGGAGCUCACUGUAGAAUUGUUUUGGAUCAAAAAUUGGCCCAAGCAUUUUGUGCAAAAGAGCAAAAAAACUUUCUACAUCGUCAGUGGAAGAUGAUCUUGGAUGCUCUGGUUGUAGACACCUUGUUCUGUACUCAAUUUCUCACAAAUGUUGACUUUCCAAGUUCGCCACCAGCCCGACAAUUAUCUCUCGUGUGAAGCGACAUAUUCCUUUCAACGAUCUGUAUGAUGAAAUAAAAAAGUUUGAUGCGAUUUUCUUGUGUUAUGUCUUUUUCUUGCAUAUAAUUUUAAAACUUAUCAAUUUAAAUAAUCCCUAACUAAAACCAAGAACUUGUUUGAUCAGUGUUAUCAAUAAAUAUCUCUGUCGAAAGUCUUGAAGGAAACCGAGAGGAAUCCAGUCACUCUGGCAGGGAAAUCAGCAAAUUCUGAAGAGGAUACAUCGGUCAUUGAUCCUAUUGUUGUUGAGGUAAUGGCACAAAUAGUACAAUCAGUAUCAAGUAAAGUGGAGAGAAAGACUUUUAAAGAAUGCAAAUUACCUUUGUUACCCGGAUGCAAGUAUGUGAUUGAUAAUUUUGACAUUUUUCAAAGAGUUAGAACAAUGACUGAAGAGAAUCAAAAUAAAGACAUACACUGGGUCAACCACAACAGAAUCCCAAACAGGGUUUCCGGCAGUCAUGUACCAGAUAAUGGGCCUAUUUGCAAGAUCACUGAGUUGGAAAAUGCUAAACUUGUCCUUCGCCCAUUGAACAUAUUAUACAAAAAUCUAACUACAUUGUCCUUGUUGAAAGGAUUCUUGUAGCUUGUAUACCUCACCUCAAAUUUUGUGAAGACAUGGUAAACAAGCAUAUACCACACAAACAUUCUGCAGAAGCUGGGAUGAAAUCCUGCAAGGUAUGGUACUUGCACAUAGUGCCCGAAAAUGGCCAAAAUUUGGCUCUAACUGAGGGGUUAACUGUCUGAUGGUUUGAAAGAGGCAGUAUAGUCCAUUCUGUGUGGAUAUGUCUCUCUGCUUUUGUUAAGAUUUCAAUAGCGCAAAUUUAUAUGUAGAUAUUGUGAAGUCUAUGUACUUUACAUCAAAUAUUAUAAAGGCUCCCCCUUUUGACAGGGUUGGCAUGGAUUACAGCCGUCUUGAUAGUUGACAGAGUCAGACUGGAUCAACCAUCUCGAUCUCAUACACCGAUUAACAUGUUAACAAAUGACUGGUUGCCUCCGCAUCCAAAAAUUGGAGGUCAUAACCCCCCUUGUUCGUGUGACAAUGAGACAGUAAACACGGGUCUUAAUCAACACAUCCCGGUACAUGUAACCUUGCAAAGCCCCCCCCCCCCGUACCACACCACGUUACUCUGUUAUGGAUAAUAAUAAAAGAUCUAGAAAUCCUUUUAAUCUAAUAAAUAUUAAACCGGCAUCCCCUGCUAAUACGAAAUUGCAAUUACCUAACUUUUUGUCCGCCAAUGUGAGGUCUCUUUUCCCAAAGUUAGACAAACUCGAUUUAUUGUUACAAUAUAUAUGCACAAGUUACCAGCUUUUUUGCCAGCCGUUGAGCAGGUGCCGGUGAUACAUUCUUAUCAGGUUUGUAAGAAAUUGCAAAAACUCAACCCUCACAAAGCAAUGGGUCCUGACAAUAUUCCACCACGUCUUUUGAAAGAAUUUGCUUACGAACUAGCUGAACCAAUUUCUGAUCUCUUUAACCUCUCUUUAUCUUCUGGUAUCGUUCCUGACACUUGGAAAUGCGCGAACAUUACUCCUAUCCCUAAAGAAAAACUACCGAAAGAGGAGAGUGAUCUACGACCAAUCUCUUUAACGCUCUGCAUCUCUAAGGUUAUGGAGGAAUUUGUAGCAGAAUCGAUUCUUGAAGAUAUUGCACAUAAAAUCGAUCAUAAACAAUUCGGCAUUAUAAAAGGUACAUCUACAACUUUGUGCCUCUUGGAUAUGUUUCACAAUUGGCUGUUAAAUUUGGAUACGCCCGGCCAGUAUUUGCGAAUUUGUUUUCUAGAUUUUAGCAAGGCCUUCGACCGCAUCAACCUUAACAUUUUGGUUACCAAGUUGGUCUUUUUAGGAGUACGAAGGUCAUUAUUGCCUUGGAUAUGUAGUUUUUUGUUAAAUUGGGUAAAUCUUUGUCAGAGUGGAUCACAACGAACGCUGGUGUCCCACAAGGCACUAAAUUGGACCCUAAUCUGUUUCUCAUGAUUAACGAUCUUGUCCUACCAACAUGUAAUUAUUGGAAAUAUGUAGAUGAUCUUACUGCUUCGGAGGUUAUAGCCAAAUACUGCAGUUCAACAAUCCAAUCAGAUCUUGAUUAUAUAUCCUCUUGGUCAUCUGCUAAUUACAUGAAAUUAAACACAAAGAAAUGUAAAGAGCUAAGGGUAUGUUUCUUCUGUGAUACGCCUGUUUUGGAACCAUUAACUAUCGAUGGAAUACCAAUAGAUGUUGUUGAUUGUCAUAAGGUUCUUGGUACUGUGUUAAAUAGCUCGCUGAAAUGGACAGAUCAUGUUAAUAUGAUUACAAAGAAGGCAGCAAAGAGUCUUUACAUUAUACGUACCUUAAAGAGAAGUGGUAUGACUGCCGAUGAUUUGUUAACAAUUUAUACUGCACUUAUUUGUUCGGUUUUGGAGUACUGUUGCCCAGUUUGGCACACUAACCUACCAUCCUAUCUCAGUGAGCAAAUUGAACGUUUACAGAAGAGAGUUUUGAGAAUAAUCUUCCCAAGUUUAUCAUACAGAGAGGCUUUGCCUGCUGCAGAUUGUGUACAGCUGGAUGAUAACAGACAACGUUUGUGCCUUAAUCUCUUCCAAAAGAUCAAUUCAAACGGCGAUAAUAAACUCAAUCCCCGCUCAUACCUAAUUCUAGGCUCAUCGAACAUGGUCAGCCACUUCGUAACUCUGAUAGUCGUUCAAUUUUUAAAUGUAGUACGGACCGAUUUAAGAGCAGUUUUUUCCCAGCGCUCAAUAUUCUAAUAAUAUCCAUAUCAAACUUAAUACAAAUGCCUAGUUCACAUUUCUGAGGAUCAUGUUUCACCGAAUUUGCUGCAAAUUUUGCGUUUUUUUGCUUCUCGCUCUUUGUGUAAACAAGUUGGCAAUAACUUCCCUAGAUAUAUGAAAAUUCAUCAUAUAAGCUUUAUUUUGAAUGAUUGUUCAUGCAGAACAGAUGUAAUUUACGUCCGUCAUUUUUGAAUUGAAAUGCGACAGUAGCGCGAUAUUUUAUUAGGACAUUAUACGAUGCGUGCGGCAAUGGGUUGGGGAAUUGGGCCAUAGUUCCAAAUAUGCAUGCUCUGUGCGCAAGUUACCGCCAAAGUCGAACAGUUGGGAAGGAAAGCUACAUUCUGAUCCCAAAUUCGAUGUGAUCUGGGCCAUUUUAGGCCUGUCAAAUGCAAUUCAAUUUACUAAAGUUGGCUUUCAGUUUUCUGCUGAUAUCCAGCAUUGCCAUCAAAGUAGCUCAGGCUGGAAGCUAUGAAUUAUGUGAAGAAAAUAGCUGAGUUACAAUGUAAUCAAAAGACGAGGGGACCUGACAAAAAGAAGUCCUUUAGUGAGUACACAAAGCAACACCAGGCACGGGUAAAAAAGCAAUUGAAAGUUCAGUGUGAAACUGUUUUGUCAUUUCUCGGACAGUUCGAGUUUGCCCCAUCAUAUAUUGAACUAUGUAAUUUGUCAACAGGAGAAACAGAAACUUUUUUCUUUGAGGAAAAUGGUACACACACCUCCCUGGACAGUGGAAAAGAAUUAAAGGCAGAUGAUGACCAGGUAAAUGAAUUAAAUAUGUGGUUGUACAUUAAAGAUAAAUUCAGCAUAUCUAAUGAGGCAUGGCAUGAAUUAGCAAUGAAAGCUGAUGGCUCCCAAACCUGUAUAAACUAAUCAAACAUGCAAAGGAGUUGAACAGUAAAUGGGAGCUAAAGGACAUUCCGGGCACGGCUGAUGGUGUUCAAAUUAGUUUUAAAGAUAGCCUCUUAAAAAUAUCCGAUGACUCCAGGUGUCAACCUCGUCCCCAGGGCCUAUUGAGGAAGGAAGCGAAGCAGCAAAGGCCCUGGUAAAGGCUGGUCACGUGAUGCUUCAAAUUUUGAAUAUUUUAGAAUAUUUAACUUUUCAAACCGGGGGUGCGGGCCACUUUGAUUUUAUCAAACAUGGCCGUGCAAAGGGGCGAUAGAAGCUUUUGCGACUGAAACCACUAUGAUGAUAAACUUUUCAACUGACAGUGGAAAUAUAUAGUCUGCGAUGUUCUUCAAAAAAAUAUGGAAUAUAAUCAACAGCAAUACCUGUCGAAGAUCAAUAUUCAAAGAGAAGGGUCUAAACACUGACUGACAACAGUAAAUAUUUCUUUUCAGCUUGGAAGCGUGUUUUAUAAUAUUUGUCGUUUGGGAGUCAAUAACAUACUGUCAGUGAAGAAUUUGAUUUGGGACUUUGAUGUACCUUUAUGAAAAGAUUACUACUGAAUACAAAUGUGCAUGUAAAAUGAGAUUAGAACGUUUUAAUAUGAACAGUUGCACUGUCAUUGACUCAAUAUAUUUUAAUGUGGGACAAACAUUAAAAAACAUUAAAGUACUGUGCCAAGUGACAAAAUUCCAUGCCGACCAUGGGUUACGUAUGUAUGCAUUUUUAUUAAACGUUUAUACCAAUAUACACUAUUUUAAACCUUUGUGUGUGAAUUUUGUGUGUUGGUUUUAUGAUAUUUGACAACCAUGAAUAUUAUUAUAAUAUGUUAACAGCAAGUUUACAGUAUAUCGUAUAAUACAAAAGCAAUAUCACAAGACUCAAGUACUGUACAUGGUCUAAUAGAUGUUUCUUAGUCAGCAACUAUGCUCUUUGACAUUGUGGCAAUCAGGUAUUCUUGGGGCUUUUAGCUUGGUUUUCCACUUUUUUGAUACAACUAUAGAAUACCCACAACUUUCACAUCUUACCGCUAUUAAUUCCUUGUAAACAUUGUCAAUUUACUCAAAAUUGAUCUAAUAUGAUUGCCUCAUUCUUCAAAACCCCCCAGUCAAAUUUGAACCAAACUAACAUACUCAUAUGAUUUAAUCUCUAAACUUUACCCUUAAACUAUUUUGAAGUGAUUUUUGUACAUAUUUAUGUGUCAAUGAAUGCGGAAAAAUGGCGAGGUAUUCUAUAAGCAUUCCGGCAUGUGUGUUUUUGAACCUUCACUGUUGAGAGAGCAUGCCAUAUGGGUCUCCCCAAAUUAUCUGAGCACUUCAACCAGACCAACAGCUGCCAAAUGGCAACUACUAUGCUCAGAGGUGUAACUUAACACUUGCCCGGGGCAAGUGAAUAUCAUGAUGGGCAAGUAAAAGUUUCCUCUUGGUUGCCCGAACGGGCAAGUUGCUUUCACUGCCACAAAAAGCUGGCCAGCUUUCAGUUCAUAUUAUUAUUGUCGGAUAGAAUAAAGGCUGUUCGACGACAUUGGUUCAAGCUAGCAAAUCAUCUGCAUCAAAUUCAUCUAAAUUGUUUGAUUAUAUUAUGCAUUGAUUCUCUUUUUGGUUAUUAAAUGUUUAUUCAUGAUAUGAUAAUGAAAUAUGGCAGGACUUAAUUUAUGGCAGGACUUAAUUUGGGACUUUAUUAGUCCUGUUGUCUGUGCCUUCAAUUUCUUAUUGUAAAACUAAUAAAAAAUAAAUAAAUAAUGGUGAUUAGUGUUAUAUUAAAUAAGUGUACUUGAUUCAAAUUUUGUUUAAUAUGUGAGCCAAAGCUAGAUAUGAGGUAGUCUAGAUCUGAGGCAGUAACAUAGCCAAUGCCACUAGUCCAAUGAGUGGAUAUGUUGUCUCCCUAAUUUAUACUGGCCCACGUAGGUACCCCAUUGCCUGAUGGCAAGUGGAUUUUAUUCAGGGCAACCAAUUUUCAUGUCCAACUUGCCCUGAGGGCAAGUGGUCAAAAAAGUUAAGUUACACCACUGAUGCUGUAUACAAAUUAUAUACCUGAAAGGUAACUUACAUCAUAUUGUGUCAUUUAAAUACUAAUACUUGUAUUCUCACAGUGUAUUAAGAUAUACAAAUGCACUUGUGAUGCCCAACGAAUUGCCACAAAAAAACAUUGCCAUAAACCACAAAUCAGUCAAUUUCAGUAAGUAGGGCACAUUGCAGCUCAAUGGGUUAACUAGAGAUAUUGUCAGAUUUUGGUUAAUAACCACAAUUGCACGAGGUCAGUACAGUCUGUAACAAUAAGUAAUUCAGGAAUUCACACAAUUCUCAAUAGUUAAAUGAUUAUCGGAUUUCAUGUUAAAUGAUUAUCGGAUAAUGUUGAGCAUCAAGAAUAUAUGUAUAAUAUCCUUCAUACAUCUAUAAUAAUAUUCAGGCUAAAUAUCAUAGUUAUUAUUUUAUGUACAGUACUAUAGUUGUAUCAGGUAUAAAGAUACAAGGUGAAGCCAAGUAUCUUUAGGUCUGAUAAAGCAUACACUGCAAAUGUUUUAAAUUGCUCAACUGAUGGUCACCAACAACAAAUAGUACUUUAUUACAAGGCGGCAAAAUGUAUUUAUAUUAAAAGAGAUGAAUAAUCUUGUCAUGUGAUACAUUUGACACCAGGUGUCUUGUAUUUGUCCAUAAGAGACCCCUUGUUAUUGUAUCAUGUUUUGAGAAUGAGUUCAAUUUUGAUAUUUGUUGUUGAUCUGAGCAAAAUAUUGAUUAUUGAUUUGCCUACUGAGGCACACAGUAUUGAACAGUCAAUUGUGGUGAGUGAUGCUGAACUGCCUGUUGUAUGUUGUGAGUGAUUUUGAGCACCUGUUGUGAUGAGUGACACUGAAUUGCCCCAAUUGUGGCUCAGGAAAAAAUGUACCUGCUGACUUUAUAUCAAAUAAUCUCCUUAAAUCUCCUUAAAUAAUGUUCUGGGAAGUAAUUUGUGUAAUUGAUUACAAACAAAAACAAGGGCUUGUUAACAGUAUAAUGAGGAAAUUAAUCAUCUCAUUAUAUUAUUCAGCCUUGAUAAAGCAUAUGGAGGCUUUCUGUCUGAUUUGACCCUCAUGCAUGUAAUUGUUUGGGAAUGCCUGAUCAUUAAGAUCACAACAUUUGUUUUGAAGCUUGGCCUUUGAAAUCUAAACCCAAAGCACUAUAUGUGUGUUCACAAUGUUCUUGGGAUAAGAAUGAAAAUCAAAUAAAAUAUUUCAACUCAAUUAAAUUCAGGAAAUGUUAAUUUAACCACGGAGGUCAACCAGGUUAUACUCAGGGCAUAUGGCUAACAUAAGCAUUUAAAUUCUAAGUGCAUACGAUGUUGACAUUCCUUGUUUUUCAGACAUUCUUUGGGUCUUGUACUCCCUUUAACUGUUAAAUAUACUGUAUGAUAUUGACAUUUGCAAGAAAGAUCUACUGUACCAACAAUGACUAUUAAAUGUUUUGAUGAUCAUGGAGUCCAUAUUAUUAAACUAAAGUGAUUUUACAUAUCUGUUUCACAAUCGAGGCAGCAAUUUCCUUGCGACAGUAUUAAAUUCAUAGUAUAAAUGCUUCUAUCGAUCCAUUUGUUUUGCACUGUUGCUUUGUCUAUUUAAUGGAUCUCCUUUAGAGUUCAACCAAGGUUCUCAGAGCUAAUUUGAAGACAAUUUCAAAUUUAUUCAAUAUUUUUGGAAGAACUUUAACAGAUUUUUUCAUUUUAAAAUAGAUUUUUGUUCUUUAUUUGUCUAUUUCGGUGUUUAUGCAAUAUAUUGACGAAUAUAUUGUAGCUAAAGCGAUCCGACCCCCCUGUAUACUAUUUGCUCCGAUAUAUCACGUGACAAAAUAAUCCACAAUUUGUGGAUUAUUUCACCAGCCUUUACCAGGGCCUUAGCUGCCCUUCACAUCUUUCCUCAAAAGGCCCUGGGGACGAGGUUGUCCAGGCGUCUGGUCCACUUGAAAAUGGUAAAACCAUCAAAAUAAAAAUAUGUGGUGAUGGCACCAAUAUUGGAAAGAGGCUUAGUGUUGUGAACAUAACAUACACCAUUCUGAAUGAAAAUAAAUUGGCCAUGAGUGAAAAGGGCAACUAUCUUUUAGCUGUAACAAGAGCUAAAGAAAGCUAUGAAACUUUAGCUGAAAGCCUUAAAGAUUUAAUUAAAGAAAUGGAACUUCUGACUGAGAUAACAUUAGAUAAUAUUACUUAUCCACUGGAAUAUUUUCUUGGUGGAGACUGGAAAUUCUUGGCUAGUGUGUGUGUGGUAUUCACGCCUGUCAAAAAUGCAUCCAAAAGCGCCAAUUAGAAGUGUCCACAAUUUUUCUAAUUACCGAGCGGAAAAAAUGUAAGACUGGUAACUAAUUCUAAUUUUGAAAAUCGCGGUUUUUCUCUUGCUUCUGGUACUUUGUAGGAUAUGUGUAAGAAUAUAUAGGUAUUAGAGGUGUGCGUCGGAUCGGAUUGACCUCUCUCAAUCCGAUGGUUUGUCUGAGUUCUCAAUCCGAAUCCGAUCCGAAGAUGAAAAAAGUAAUCCGAUCCGAUCCGAAACAAUGUUUAUAAAAUCCGAUCCGAUGCUAAAAUUCGUAAUCCGAUCCGAUCUUAAGUUGUGUACGCUGUACAGCGUGCGUUAAUUAUUAUGAACGUAUUUUUUCAUGAUCAUAAACGAUAUAUUGGAAAUAAUGAAUUUCUAGCAAAAAUAAACAGAUACGAAUCCGAUAAAAAUUGCAGGGCGAUAUCAUCAGGGCGAUACGAUUUGAAUAGCCGAGGCCCGAGGGGAGAUUGGGUGGCAUAAUGGCAUUCGUUAUUCGCGAUUUCGCGAGCGAGCAAAACGUUACUUUGACUUUGUAGUUUGUAGUUUGUAUGGACUAUAUGGAUUAUGGAAUUACUUUUAUGCUCAAAGCCAUUGUGAAUUCUGAUGCCAUUUGUAACGUAAAAAGUGGAAUACAGCUGCAGAAUAUAGAACUUUCUCAAUUUGUAAAAAUAUUCGAAUAAUUCGACGUGAUACAAGAAAAAUCAAAUCCGAACCGAUCCGACAAAAAACCUGCAAAAUCCGAUCCGAUCCGACAGAAACAAAACGAAAUCCGAUCCGAUCCGAGUAAUUUACUGUCCGAAUCCGAUCCGAAUCCGAUCGGAUUCGGAUCGGAUUCACACACCUCUAAUAGGUAUAUACGAGUGUGAAAGAGGAGAUUCUGUGGAUUAUUUUGAUCCUUAUUAUUGCCAUGGUUACUUUAUUAUUCUAGUUUCCUUGGUCUUCUUCCGGGCAUUCGCGCUAGUUACGAAGUUUCAAAGGAAGUCGCUAAAAUACACAAAUUUCGGCUAGUUAUAUCUUUCUUGUUUAUGCUCUGAUUGUUUUCGUUAUUGUGUGAUUUGAAAGAUAAAGUGUCCAUUUACAAUCGUAUGUUUUUUGUUUUUUGAUAAUUUUGCAAUGAAAUUGUAAAUAUGCCGUGGAAAAGAGCAACACGAUACAAGCGCUUCAUUGUCGGGAGCGUAUGCGACAGCCAAGGUUAAGCUUUAUAGCCAUAGAUAACAAGACGAAGCAGGGUAGAGCAACGGCUAAGAAGUUAAAAAGAUUGGAUAAAAAGGUAAGGGUAAGAUGAGCCGUUUAAUUGUUUUGGUAGUUUAUUUAGUACAAAAUUUUAACAAAUCGAUGCCUCUAGGUAUAGUCAAAUCAUAGUAUUUAUGCAUAUUUUUUCAACAUGAUCGAUUGGCUCAGCUGCUAGGUUAAUGUUUACUUAACCACUUGGACAGUGAGACAAAGAUCCCUUCGUUGAAUGUAUUUAUUUAUGUUUAUUGUUUACUGCAUGAAUAAUCUUUCAAAAACAUUUUUGAUAUAUUAACCCAACAUUUUCACCUUGACAAGUAAAGACAGUAAAUUUGUCUGACAAUUCAAUAUUUGAUUGUUUCACCUAAUGAACCAUUCAUUUUAUAUACACACACCCCUAUGGAUGAGGUUUUCUGAGGGGUCGCCUGAAUUUUAACGAAAUUUGUCAGGGUAACCUGUAAAUACACCAUUUUCAUGAUUACGUACACAUACUUUUUGCUCUUGGAGCCCCAGAUCAUGAUUCAUGAGUGCAAGGCACCCAGGCCAAAUGACGUAAUUACUGAAAGGGUGUACUAUUAAAAUUUUGGAUAAAAUUCAUCCGAAGGGUUGUCUAAAAUAGGAAAUAAUUAUUGAAAGGAUGUAUUAUCAAAUUUUUUGAUACAUAUUUAUCCGAAGGGUUGUUUAAAAUAGGAAAUAAUUCUGAACAGUAUGCUAUUGGGGAUGAGGUUUUCUGAGGAAUUGCCUGAAUUUUAACCAAAUUCUUCAGGGUAACCUGUAAAUACACCCUUUCGAUAUUUAUGUCACACAUACACUUUGCUCUUGGAGCCCUGAUCUCGAUUUAUGAGUGCAAGGCUCCCAGGCCAAAUGACAUAAUUAUUGAAAGGGUGUAUUAUUAAAAUUUUGGAUAAAAAUUUAUCUGAAGGGUUGUCUAAUAUAGGAAAUAAUUCUAAACAGCAUGCUAUUGGGAUGAGGUUUUCUGAGGGAUCCCUGAAUUCUUAGGGUUUGUGCACCAUGACAACAAAUUUAUGGUGAUUUGUGCACCUGACAGGGAGACUGAGUGAUGGGGUUGGGCAUAUAAUUAUUGUAGAAUAUGUAUAAUUUCGUUUAUAAUUAUUGCAUGUUUUUUGCAGGAAUAUACCCGGGAAUUCAAGAAUGAUUUGGCUGUUAAGAUAUCAAACUACAAUCAUCAAAUAAUGCAAUGUCAGCAUUUUAUUGUUCUCAGUGUGAAAAUAUUAAUAGAAAUAAAAUAUACACAUGCUAGUAUCCUGAUAGAUAGAUAGAUAGAACAUUGUAUUAUUAUAAGGUGUCGCAUACACUGGUACUGAUGCUACUUUGAGUGUGUUCACACCGGGCAAGCAGAAGAGUUUGCUUGACAGCGGUGGGAAUCGAACCUGCGAUCUUCGGUUUGCUAGUCCAAUGCUCUACCAACUGGGCCAUACAUGCAUGGGGUCAAGUCGGUAAGAAAACCAAAAGUCGUGGGUUUGAUUCCCACUGCGAUCAAGCAAGAGGAGCAUCAUAAACAAACAGUGGUCUACAUAUUUAUCUAUAUCCCACUAACAAUGAAUAAAAUCAUUAAAAAAAGAAACUGUGUCCAAUGUGUUCCAACAUAUUCCCAGCCAUGUUGUUGUCAUGACAUUCAGCACUGUUGCAACAUGUGACAUGAUUAUGGCUGUCAGCAGGUGGUAUGCUAUAAAUCAUUUCUGGCAAAUGUUUUUGUCAUGAGAAAUGAAAUCAAUAUUGCAGGUGAGAAAAAGAAACAUUUCCUAGUUCAUUCAAUAUUGUAGAAUGUUGUUUUAUAGUGAAAUAAAUCAAGAUAUUCCUUGAAAAUUUGUCUUCCAUGGAAUACACUCUUUUGAUAUUUAUGUCACAACUCCUUCCCUGUCCAGGAAACCUUUUGUUCAUGAAUUUAUUUUUUUAUGAGAGUGCGGCUUCUAGACUAAAGGGGUAUUUGUGAUUUAAUUACCUAAAGGGUGUAUUGAGAUGGGUGAAAGUAAAAAUAUGCUGUAGUUAUAUGUAGAUGGUGGUGAUCAUAUCUUGGUUAAAAGGACAAUGCUCUGAAAUGCAACAAUAUUUUACUUGCUGUAUUUACAUUUUACUGAUUUUAGAGCAUUGCUGUAUAAAAGUAAGAGAAAUCUUACUGUUUAUAAAUAAUUAUUUUUGUUUUCCCCAAGGAAGCAAAAAGGCUCACAAUACUCAGGAGUGGUUUUCACCAAUCUCUGAUCCCAGCAUGGAAAAUAGCUCUAAGGGAAUAUCUUUAUAUCUCGAUAUAUUUCACCAUGAAAUGGAUGUCUAAUACUCCGCUUUUAUUGCCGACAGCCAUAAUCUCGAUUCAUGCCGAAACAAUGCAGGGCAUUGCGGAGCUAGCCAAAAUUUCCGCAGCAUGCCAUGUUAUUAAUAUGCCAACUGAGAGAUCGGCAGAACGACUUUCAGUCGGAGUCCAGCUCCAAUUCUACCGCCACUGUGCACAAGGCAUCCCUUAUCUUCCUCGCCCCAUCGCUUUUCCCAUCAUUUCCAGCAUUAUGGCAAACAACUUCUUGUAAAACUACGUCAAUAGUCCUAAAUUUUCCACUCUGUUCGCCCGCCAUUUUGAAAGUUUCGCUCUGAAUACUUCAUGUAACUUGCAUGUUUUGGAUACUUUUGCAACGAAAACCGCUGCCCACUGCGUAUCGCAUAUUGGCGCUUUUGGAUGCAUUUUUGACAGGCGUGAUUGGAGGUGCCAAUGCAGAUUAUGCUUGCAUUUGGUGUCUAUGUCCAAAGCUAAAAAGGUAUGACAUUUGCAAAGUGUGGUCACUUCUUGAUGCUGAACGUGGAGCAAGAAAUUUGGAACAAAUUAAGAACUAUUCAAAAUCAAGAAAAUUUAAUUGCACACAUGCCCCCUUAUUUACAUUUAUUCCACUAAAUCAUGUAGUCAUUGACACAUUACACCUUUAUCUAAGAAUAUGUGACAAUUUGAUCCCGUUACUAAUCAGACAGUUAAAGGUGGCUGAUGCAAUUGACAAAAAGAAAACAUACACAGAUAAUUUUGCCAGGGAAAAAUAUCCACACAUGGCCAG